CAAUUAAGAUGCUUUACUUCCAGCAUCCAUGUCCGACGACGACAGCCUGCCGCCUGAAGUGGAUUUUGGAGUUAUGAGAUGCACCUGUGAAAACUGUCCCCUACAAGAAGGGCAAUGCUGCCGCGAUGUUCCACGUGUCGCACGGAACUGCUUAGGUCGCUGCAUCACUGGAGACGAGCUGUUUGGGCUCGUCUGCUUGGACGAGAGGCUACUCGAUAUAGCCUACGAGAAGCUGAAAAUCUAUGAGCCGGCAUACUUGGAGCCAGCGGCUAGGGAUCGGAACAAAAAAUACAGGUUCACGGCCUACAAGGAGUUUGUAUGGUGGAUUUGGGGCAGGCUGGGCCGUCGCCGACGUGUCAGGCUCCCAUGCUGUGUGGUCUGA